AUGCAGAUCCUCGGAGGCAAAGAAACGGCGGCGGUUGAGUUGAGAGAACUCGACGGUGGCAGAAGGCGGCAGAAAGCAGGUUUUCCGGCGAGACAAAAAGCUGAAGAAACGGACCUGGAUCUUCAAGGAGAGCUCAAUGCAGAUUCGCGGAGGCAAAGAAACGGCGGCGAUUGA